AUGGCACAUGCUACAUCAUUGUCAGUUUUAUAUUAUCAUGUUACUGAGGCUGAGGUUGCUUCUGGUCCUUAUACGAGAUCAACUCUGCUAAUCCCAAAGGCAACACAUGUAUCUCAAGAAAUGAAAUUUACAUUUACAUGCAAACAAUUUCCUGGCAAGGCUGCUUUUGCUCUGACGUGCGACAAGGCACAGGGACAAACUUCUGAACAAAUUGUAAUAUGUUUUCCGACACAAUUCCUCUCACAUGGUCAGCUGUAUGUUGUAUUAUCUAGAGUUCGAAAGAAGGAUAAUGUAAAAAUAUUGGCUGAGAGAAAUAGAAACAGUAUCAUUACUGACAAUUGUAUCUACAAGGAGUUACUCCGUUAA